GCGGAGCUCCUGCGAGACGGAACGAGGUUCAUAAUAGUAGAUAGACGGGAGAAGCAUGCAGCUCAGCCUUGCGCAUCCCAAAAGCUCCGCACAGCCUUGUGCCUGGUCACAUUGUCCAUGGCAGUCCAUCAUGAUACGCCUAGAAUUCUGCUAACAUGGCGCUCGAAUGUCCCAGACUAGUUGUCACGAUUCCUCGAUAAUGACAAUAUCUGUCGAUUACUGCGGCCAACGAUGCACCUCUUAAAGCUCGACGGCAACGGCAGGUUCAUUCUGGAGACCUUCAGAGCCACGGCCACGAUCCCUCCUUAUGCCAUACUUUCUCAUACAUGGGGAAGUGACAACGAUGAAGUCACAUUCAAGGACAUCUGGGACCGUGCUGGAAAGAAGAAGGCUGGAUACCAGAAGCUGAUAUUCUGCGAAGGUCAAGCCAAAUCCGACGGUCUAUCCUAUUUCUGGAUAGACACAUGCUGCAUCAAUAAGGCAGACUUCACCGAACUCUCAGAAGCCAUCAACUCCAUGUUCCGCUGGUACCGCGAAUCUACUCGGUGCUAUGUGUACCUUUCGGACGUUCCUGACCGUCAAAAUCCUGCUGCUACAGAAGAAUUAGCCUUCCCGAACUACAGGUGGUUUAAGCGAGGAUGGACACUUCAAGAACUUCUAGCGCCGUCAUCAGUCCAAUUCUUCUCUUGGAAAGGCAAGCCUUUGGGAAGUAAAAAGUCACGAGAAGAAGAGAUUCGUCAGAUAACCGGCAUUGCUAUCGAAGCCCUUCGGGGAAAGCCUCUGUCUCAAUUCAGCCCGGACGAACGGCUAUUAUGGGCAGCAAAACGCCAGACAACCGUAGAAGAAGACGCCGCAUACUGUCUCCUGGGCAUUUUCGAUAUCCAGAUGCCGCUCAUCUACGGCGAGGGGCAGAAAAAGGCACUGGACCGGCUUAAGAGGAAGAUACAAAAGUCUCAAAACCAAGCACUAACGAGCCCCAAACAAGCUCCCUGGAUCGUGCAAUUUGAAAGGAACCCGCGCUUCACAGGCCGCGGAUCUCAACUUGCUGAGCUAGAAGGGAUGAUAUUUGCCAAAGAUAGCACUACAAAGGUUGCCGUCACUGGGCUUGGCGGCGUAGGUAAGACUCAGCUUGUGCUCGAGUCGCUCUUCCGAAUAAAAUACGAGCACCAUGACUGUUCUGUCAUCUGGAUACCGGCAACUAACACGGAAAGUCUCCAUCAAGCAUACCUUGACGCUGCUCGGCAACUUGGCAUACCUGGGUGUGAGGACGACAAGGCGGACGUAAAGAGGCUGGUGCAGGCGCAUCUAAGCGAAGAAACUACAGGCCAGUGGCUGCUAGUGUUCGACAAUGCAGAUGACUGGGAUAUGUGGAUUACCAAGGCUGGAUCUGGGCUUCAGUAUGGGCAGGAAUCGCACCCUUUAAUAGACUACCUCCCGAAGAGUAAGAAAGGAGCGGUUGUAUUCACGACGCGCGACAGGAAAAUAGCUGUCAAGCUCGCACAACAGAACGUCGUGGACGUUCCGGCGAUGGGAGAAGAUGCGGCUGCCCAACUUCUAGGGAAGUGCCUGAUCAAGCCGGAUCUCGUCAACUGUCGAGAAAACACUAGUGCGUUGCUUUUACAACUCACCUACCUUCCGCUAGCCAUUGUUCAGGCAGCAGCGUACAUCAACGAGAAUGCGAUAUCAAUUGCAGACUAUCUUUCACUCCUGGCUGAGCAAGAGGCGGGGGUUAUUGAACUUCUUAGCGAGGAGUUUGAAGACGAUGGGAGGUAUCGCUACGUCAACAAUCCGGUUGCCACAACCUGGCUGAUUUCGUUUGACCAAAUCCGGCGGCGCGACGGGCUGGCGGCUGAUUACUUAUCGUUCAUGGCCUGUGUAGAGCCAAAGGACAUUCCGCAGUCUCUUCUUCCGCCAGGAGCGUCGCGGAAUAAGGAGACGGGCGCGAUCGGAACGCUCAACGCGUAUUCGUUCGUCAACAGACGACCGGCCGACAAAUGCCUCGAUCUCCAUCGGCUGGUGCAUCUAGCAACGCGGAACUGGUUACGGAAAGAGGGGCUGCUUGCGCAAUCAACCGAGAAAGCUAUUGUGCGACUAGAAGAAGUUUUCCCAGAUGAUAACCACGAGAACCGAAGCGUCUGGAGGGCUUACAUGCCCCAUGCGCGCUAUGUGCUAGAGUCCAAUCUUGUGAAUAAAGAUUGGAAACCCAGGAUGGAUCUUAUGUGGAGGUACGGAAUGUGUCUUUACGAGGAUGGGCGAUGGACUGAGGCUGAAGAACCGAUUAAUCAAGUGUUCAAUAUGGAGAAGAGGGUGCUAGGCGCGGAGCAUCCAGACACAUUGACCAGCAUGGCUAACCUGGCGUCGACGUACAGGAAUCAAGGUCGAUGGAAGGAGGCCGAAGAGCUGGAGGUGCAAGUGAUGGAGACGAAAAAGAGGGUGCUUGGCGCAGAGAAUCCUUCCACGCUGACCAGCAUGGAAUCAAGGCCGAUGGAAGGAGGCCGAAGAGCUGGAGGUGCAAGUGAUAGAGACGAGAAAGAGGGUGCUUGGCGCAGAGCAUCCAGACACGCUGAUCAGCAGGACCAACCUCGCAUUUACGUGGAAAGGUCAAGAUCGGCAGCAGGAUGCUACUAAUUUAAUGUCGGAAUGCUUAGCGUUGCAGGAAAAGGCAUUAGGUAUUGACCAUCCUCACACUCAAUCUUCACUGGCGACUCUCCUAGAAUGGAGUAAUUAGGAUAACUAUAUCUAAUUUCUUAUCUACUUCAGCCGAAU